AUGCACGGAAUACUCCGUACUUGGCUCUGGACUGCGAACACUACACACCAGAGAGCAUGCAUAUUGCCCUCGAGAUUGCAGCAACUUGUUGCACAUUGGGAAUGCACACUGGUCACCCACCACUUUGUGCACCAGCACCUCUGCACAUUGGAGCUGUGUGUACGGAGUAGGGACAUGCAACAUGUGCCGCGUACAAAAAAGGAACUUGCCUCCUUGGCUCUGGUGCUUGUGGAGGGUCAACGGGGGAUUCGAGUGGAUUUGAGGAAGGAGCAGGCGCAGGUGAUGGAGGCUGAACGGCUGAGUGGUCGGGCUGUGUGA